AACACCCAAUAGCGUUUCCCCGAACGCACCCAUGGUCGGUAAAUUUUGGCUAACUUUCACGAAUUAAAUAAAAUGUAUUUGGAUCACUUACAAACUUUUUAAAUCAAACUUCACAACUUUUCAUACAAACUUCAAACGAUUCCAUAUAAUAACUUUGUUUAAUUAACAUAUUCCAGCUAAGUGGAAGAAUUGGGUGAAAAAAUAAUUAAUUACAAAUAAACGAAUGACUCACAAACCUUUUUAAUUGCAUUUCAAACCUCUUCAUACGAAAUACAAACGAUUACACAUAGCAAUUAUUAAAAAAAACCUUCACUUCCGGUCAAGUGUGCGCGAAUUUUACUUAUGCCUAUGAUACGCAGUGUGAAUCUGGCAUAAGUGUGCGUCGGGUUUGUGAUAAGUGGAACUGUGGAAGUUGUUUCCAGCUGUGAUUGUUAUACUUUUAGGUUAGAACAUGAUUAUUCAGAGAACAUCGUAUUGAAAUAUCAUCAAAUGAAAGUGUUUCCUGAAAUUUCGAUGAAGCAAAGGCUAAACAACGUCAUUUCCGAGUACUCUAAAACAGACAAUAUUCUCGAAAAUAUUGUGAAAUUUUUAGCGCAGAAAUUUCAUUAUUUUUUUUUCACAAUAUUUUCGUGUUGAUGUUUCGUAAACAAAAGAAAUCAAAAACGCAAUUCGAAGAAUAUGAUAUCAAGUUUUGGUUGCAAUUGGAGCGCACUCAAGGACACAAUAGGCCCUGGAUUUGACAACUUUACUCUGCAGAAAAUUGUUUCCCUAUUGUUAGCAAUUUGGGAGUAAAUGGAUAGCUAGGACUUUAUAUGUGUUGAAGACAACCACAUAUUUCUGAGUAUUAUCUCAGUGAACAAAAAAUACAGCUACUAUGGCGGACGAAGAAGGCACAGAGUGGCUUCAAGAACUGCUUCACGAUGUACAGCUUUCUCAGUUUUUCACACGUAUUCGAGAUGACCUGCAAAUUACUCGUUUGCAUCACUUUGAUUACGUUCAAGCAGAGGAUUUGGAAAAGAUUGGUUUAGGCAAGCCUGGCGUUAGACGUCUGCUGGAUGCGGUGAAGAAAAGACGUAAUGCUCAGUGGAAAAAGAGUUUAAUUACCAAAAUUAAACCUGGUGGUAGUGGUAAAAGUACCAAACGAUUAUCGCAGCCCGUUGAAACCUCUUCGGUGUUGACGUGUCUUAUACAAGACAAAGAUGUAACGCUAUCUGUUAAAUUGGGCGACGGGAGUUUCGGUGUGGUAAGAAGAGGGGAAUGGACCUCCCCUUCGGGACGAAUUUUACCCGUCGCUGUAAAGGUCCUCAAAGCGGACGCUCUUACCCAGCCGAGUGUAAUAGAAGACUUCGUCUCGGAGGUUCAAGCGAUGCACACUUUAGAUCAUCAUAAUCUUAUUAGAUUGUAUGGCGUGGUAUUAUCGCAGCCGAUGAUGAUGGUGACUGAACUUGCGCCUUUAGGUGCACUGCUCGAUUAUCUGCGACAGCAAUGCAGUAGAAUUUCAAUUCUCACGCUCUGUAAUUACGCAUUACAGGUUGCCACGGGUAUGGCGUAUUUAGAAGCGAAACGCUUUUUACAUCGUGAUCUUGCAUGUAGAAACGUUUUGUUGAGCACCGUUGACAAGAUUAAGAUUGGCGACUUUGGUUUAAUGAGGGCGCUUCCUGAACAAGAAGAUUGUUAUGUCAUGACAGAACAUAAGAAAGUGCCUUUUCCUUGGUGCGCACCCGAGUCUCUCAAAGUUCGGCACUUUAGUCACGCGUCGGACGUCUGGAUGUUCGGUGUGACGUUAUGGGAGAUGUUGACGUUCGGUGAGGAGCCCUGGUUGGGAUUGAACGGUUCUGAGAUCUUACGUAAAAUUGAUCGCGAGGGCAAACGACUUCACGAGCCAGAAGCAAUGCCGCCGUACAUGUACGAACUAAUGCUUCGUUGCUGGGCAAGAGAGCCCUCGGAAAGACCGACGUUUGCUUUUUUGAAGGAGUCAUUGACCAGUAUGGUGCCAUCCGUAAUGAAAGCUUUGACCGCCUUUGAAGAGACCGGUAAAAUGUCCAUCGAACCAGGAGAUCAGAUCGUGAUUAUCGAUGGGCGACCCGAAAACUACUGGUGGAAAGGUCAAAAUCAAAGAACUUUUCAAAUAGCACAUUUUCCGCGCUGUUUGGUCGAUCCAAUGCGCCGAAAGCAACCGGAAGACAUUAGCAAACCGUUGGAGAACUCUUUUAUUCAUACGGGGCAUGGAGCACCCUUCGGCAAGAGUUGGGGAAGUCCCGUUUACAUCGAUGAUGUAUAUUUGAGAAAUCCAAUGGAUCCUCCGGAUGUAUUGGUGGCGGCUUCAGCUGACAAUCUUAUGAAAAAGAAAUUCUCUUGUGGCACUCCGCGUGAGAGAACUAGAAAACAAUUCAAUUACACAAAAUUGCAUAACGAUGCCAGGUUGAUUCCUAUUAAAGUAUCACAAGCGUCAUCAACUCCGAACAUUAGCAAGGAGGAUACUUUGAUUGAUUUAUCCGCCGAGGAGUCAGCGAGUGUACAUGAUCAGAAGGUUACAUAUAAGCAGGUGAUUACUAUUUUGGAUGAACCUAUCGAUGGUGAGAGAUUUUCCUGGCAGGAUGAGGAAGGUAGAACGUAUGCCAAUUUUCCUAGUAAUGUGGAUCCCGCGUAUUCUGAUCCCUUUGAUACCUCUGCGGUGUUCAUGAAGCCACCACAUUCGCGAUAUUAUAGUCACGUGCCUGCUGAUAUCGCUAAUUGCUAUCUAAAGACACAGACAUAUGGAAAUGUGAAUGAUCAGGAAGGAGGAGAUAAUAGUCAAGACACUAUGAAUUCUUUCAACUUUGACUCCGCUAAUACAGAGGAAACUCGUCAAUGUUCGAAGAAUCUGAAUAGGAAAUAUCAGCAGGACGCAUUAAAUUUGAAUGUAAACAUGGAAGGUGAUAAUGUUACGAAUCACUAUAGCGAAAUAGAUAAGAUAAGUCCGUGUGGAUCGAGCUUGUCCACCUGGCCGGAAGAUCUACGAAAUACCUAUGACUCACAGACAUAUGUUAAUGUUUCUGACAGUAGAUCGACUUCAUUAUUCGCCAUUAGAACUCCGCCUUCUCCUCCUUUUCUUGCUCCAAACGUAAGCCUGCCAAAGCUUAAGACUAAUUGUGAGCUUGUACAGAAUGUGAGCGAUCUAUCAUUGAAUGCCGACGAUCAUCAAGAGGUUGUUAUUGUUAAAAAGCUGGAUUCGGCUUUCUUGGCUGAGUUCGAGAAACAUUUAGGCGAGAAGGAGGUAACCAAGAAUACAAAUGCUAGCAAUAGUAAACAUCAGCAGCCGAUUUCUCCGAAUCAUCUCUUGUCAUUAGAGAAGCUGCGACAGAAUUCCAUGUCUAUUCAACAACUUUCAACGACAGAGGACGUUGCUCGGUCUCUGUCGAUUAUUCCAAUCUUGAAGCCUCCACCACAAGUGAAACCGAAAUCGCCAGUGGCAACAGUGGAUUAUCGAGCAAACACCUCAUUGAUAUCACCUGUCAAAGUGCAGAGCUCUUGGCAAACAAAAAGUACAAAUGUUCAAAAGCCGCGACCUCAGAAUGAUCAAAGUGUGUCGGAAUCAACUACUGAGGCUAUAGUGAGCCAAAUCUGGCAGCAAACGCAAAUUCUAUCUCAGCGUCCGAACGUUUGUCUGGCCAAUUCAAUUUCUAAUCAGAUAUUAAUGCCCAUUUCGGUGACUCAAACAAGUGUCAAUGAGUUUCAAGAGAUUGCCAGUAACAAAACUUCCGAUAGUGAUACAAAUGAUCAGAACCAGUACAGUUCCUGCAAUGUUACCAAAGCGACCACUCUUUUACAGACACAACUUUGCUUGUCGAAUCAGAAUUAUCCUCGGAACACGUUGCAAGUCAAUCAUGAUAUUAAACCAUUCGAAGAAACUUCUGACAAUAUUAUCAGUAAUACGGCUGAGUCUCAAUAUGGACCUUGCAAUGUCGCCAAGACCACAUUUAAUCAAACGGAAGUCUGCUCGUCGAACAGCCGGCGUUGUCUUCAGAAUUCAUUGAGCAUUGAUCAAGAUAUUUUCAAUUUGCGGCAAGUUGCCAUUAAUAACGUUUCCUCUAAUGCUAGGAAUUAUUCUCAAUUUGAUGCGGCUAGUAUUCCUAACACGAGUCAAGCCCAGGUUUGCUCGUUAAUUGAUAGAAGCCAAAAUUAUUUUUACAGUACCGGUAAUUUACUUCAAGCGACCAAUUAUGUCUCCGAUAAAAGCGUAAGCGGAUUCUCCCAGCAUGAGCAUUGCAAUAUCUCUAAGGCUGUUUCUGAAGAGCAGAUUUAUUCGUCGUCAAGUCAGAGUUACACGCCGACUGAGACACCGGGUUUUUGUCCGACCAGUUUUGCAUCGUCUCAAAAUUGUCUUCAAAGUGCGCCAAUGUUGUUCAGCACAAGUAAUAUUUAUGGAAUCAAUCAUAUACAGAAUGAUUUGGAGCAAUCACAAUAUUUGAAGCCUACUUCACUUCUUUCUGAACAAGUAUACGCCGAAUUAAAGCAAACGGUUCCAAAUUUGGAGCAGCUGUCCCAAAAUGACUUUAAUACACUUUACAACAAAACUGUUCGGCAGAACAUUCUCCGAAAUUAUUAUUCUAAUAAUCUGAGCAGUGAGCUCAGUCAAAAUUAUGCUCAAGAAACUGUUGGCAACCGAGACAACCAACCAAGACAGCAACAGAAGAGUGUUUGUGACAAGAAUCAGUCUGUUCAAGGACACGCUUACGACUUUAGUCCUUAUUUGAAGCAGCCGCCAAUUUAUAACUCUACACUUCCUUCUAUAAUCCGGAGUCCAUUUAAAUCUGGUCAAAAUGAUUAUGUACAGAAUCCUACAACUAAGUGUAAUCUGAAUGGAUCCUCCAAUAUAUUGCAAGGUGAAACUUCUACGUCGACUAGAAAUGCAUUAGUAACACUAAAUGACUUUGCUGCUGCCAAGGUGAAUCUGUUACAAGUCAAUCAGUAUUCAGUCGGCAUUAAUCCACCGCUUACCGCAGCCUCUCAACAAUUGGUGAUGUCAUUAAAUGACGAGUUUAGAGCAAGCAAAGUUAUGAAGGUGCAGAAAGAGGCAACAGACGCGUCACAAGAAGAAAUAUUAGCCGCGCUGCAGGCAACCGGUUGGGAUACAAAUCAAGCCAUUAAGCAGAUUGAAAAGAAUAGGCAGACCAAACUUGAAAAUCUUAUGAGGUUGGGACUAGCUACUAAACAACAAUGCGAAAAUGUUCUAAAGAAGACCAAGUACGACGUGGAAGUGGCAGCUUCAUUGCUACUUGAUCAGGCCAGAUGAGAAAUGAUUAUAGCUGAUAAUCUCCUAAUUAUAUAACUGUAACUCUAUAUACGUUUGUUUAUGAAUGAAGGUAACAAACGAUAACUGAUUGUGCUCAGGAAGUGAAGGUCGAUUAGAGAUCGCAAAUAUCUUCUGUAUUUCGAUCACGCCUAACUAGUGUCAAUUAUUGGGAUAAAACAAAAACUUAUGAUGCAUAAUUGAGAAAUGAUUCUGAUAAAGAUACUAUCAAUGACAUUACUCUUAAGACGUAACAAAUCUAAUUCUGAAACUGUGAUAUGUUAUUGAUCUUUAUCUGGAUUUACGAUCUUACAAAUGAAUUUACGGUUCUUGCAAUAUAAAAAUUGUGUUUUAUUUAAAGCACAAAUAUUAAAAUAUUGAAAUAUAGAUAUUAUAAUAUGAGAAUAUUAAAAUAAGAUUUUGAGAUUAAUAUAUAUAAGCAUAAUUUUAUUGCAUACAAAACACACAUACAUUUUACUCCUCUCUAUUUCUUUCUCGCGUUUUGUUUGUCUCUCUCUACUGACGACUUUGGUUUACCUUUUAAUAUAAAUUACACUUACUUUCAAAAUAAUAAUAAAAAUAACUAAAAAAUUAUGAAAAAUACUAAUUUUUUUGAAUUGUGAAAGUAAAAAUGCUAAAAAUUUUGCGGCGGUUAUUCCUUUAUUAACCCUAAUCUUACACUGUGGGGUAGAAUAAAUCCCACUGAUUUUUGGCUUCAGUUAUAGACUAGUUUUUUUGCUUAGAUACAUGAAUUUUUUCAUUUUAAAUUUAAAAUUUUAAAUUGUCCAAAAAUAACUUAUGGAUAUUAUUUUUAGGAGUUUAAAGAAUGUUAUAAAAUUUUUUUUUAACCAAAAUGUUUGAUAAUAUACGAGUAAUAAUCAUUUAAAAAGGCUGGGGUGCGUUACACCCUUUGUGUAGAAUACCAAAUUAUUUGUAGUGUGUAGGAUUAGGGUUAAAACUUAUUUCAAUAAGAAGUAAAAAUGUGCUUUAAUUGUAAUGUUUUAAGAAAUAAUGAUAAAAAAUAUUUAUACAAUUUUUUUCACAAAUACUUUAAGUAUUUAACAUGACUUAUGUAAAAUUUUAUUGUGAUGCAAGGAUUGGUUUUGCAAAUAAACUAUUUAUUUAUUUAUUUAUUUGUUUAUAAAACAACUAACCUUAAAAUUACAAUAAAAUUUUGCAUAAAUUAUCCUGAAUAUUUAAAGCAGUUAUUACAAGAGAAUUGGAAAUUUUUAUUAUUUUUAAUUGAAAUUUUAAUAUAUAAAAUAUGAAUAAAAAAUAAAUAAAAGAAGUAAACCAUGAAAUUGCAUCGUUUAUAAAUAAUAAAAAUAAAAUGUUAUAAAAACUAUUUCUAUAUGUAUAAUUUACUUAAAGUAUAAAAUAUUAAUACAUUUAAAUCUCCAACCAACCUCCACCAAAGUAAAACAGAUAUUAACCUUUACCUGGUACACUUUAGUGGAAUUUCAUAACUAGUACACUGAGGUCUGUUGGAACCUUAACGACAAAAAUGCUUGCCACAAAGAAGAUAUUGACAUUAGUGACUUAAAAAAAUUUCAGAUUACCUUUCAAAUAUCUUACUUUGAGACAAAAUAGUUUUUUAAUUUAAAUAAUUUGAUUUUGAGUACGUGAAAAAAUUUUUCGGAAGAAAAAAUACAAAAAAUUACUUAUUUAAAAAAAAAAAUUAUAACGCAUACAAUAUUUUUAAUAUUUUAAGCUAAAAAUUUAACCUGUAACUCUCAAGAUAUAACUCUUUAAGAAAAAAAUAGUCGAACAUUGCGCAUUUUAAAAAAGGUAUUAAUUCUCAUGAUGAAAGUAAUAUAUUUUAGGGAAAAAGUAACAAACAAUUUGCAUAGAAUACAGUGACUUAUUUUCAAAGUAAUUCAAUUUUUCUAUGUAUUUUUCUCACAAAAAGUCUCUGCAUCAUCCUCUUCGAGGAGAUUUUGUCGAAUUCGACUUCGGAAAUUAUAAGAUAUGACACAAGAAAAUUGUUUAAAUACUUUAUUAAAAAAUUUAGAUUAUUUUUUAUAAUACAUUUGCUUACCUUUAAUUGAAGAUAAUAAACAAGAAAAUUCACAAAAGAAUUUUAAGAAAAAUUCCGAAUAAUUACAAACUGUACACUGGGGAGCCUCCUCCAGUGCUCGGUAUGUCUGCUUCUCUCGAAUGUCAGUACUACAUUCGUUGCUUGAUGAAUGGCGUUUCGGACUAAGAGUGGAAGAAGAUAUACCAAACUAAUACUAAAUGUGCCAAGUGCGAUUUUUGUGAAUUUGCGAUAGUUAAUUAAACGUUAAAUUUAGUUGGGAUUAGAUUGAUUUUUUACAGUACCGACAUUUUACAGUAUCGAGUAAGGGUUAAAAAAUGGGUGUAAAAAAUAAAGGAUAGAAAUACACAUCCUUAAGUAGGAUAUAGACAUGGUUAGAUGUAGUCGUUGUGUGUAUUAAUGUAAUUGGUUAUUUUGCAUUUAAUUUGUUUGAGAUAAUAUACAAUUAUGUAAAGCUUAACUAUAGGAUAUAAAACUUUCACUAAGGUUCUAUUAAACGUUUCUUAAACUUAUAAUAUUAUUUUUCUAAAAAUAAUCAUUUCAUAGUACGUAAAAAUUAGAAACAUAAAUGCAAAGCGGAUAUACCAGUCAGGAUCUUACAAAUAUGCAUGUUUAAAAGUUUAAUAUGUAUUUUUAUAUACACAAAAAUGAAUUGUUUACAUAAAGAACGAUAUUAAUGAAUACAUUUGAUCCUUUUGUUGCUGAUGAUCAUUAUUGUACAUUGUUAAAAAUUUACCGUACUUUGCAGAUAGAAUGAAAUUAAGAAUGCAUCGCUUUGCGAAAAGUAUAAAUUGAAAAUGUGUAUUUUAAUGUGUGCGUGUGCGUGCGCGCGCGCGCGCGCGCGCGUGUGUGUGUGUGUUACAUGUAUCAUUUUUUUCUAUAAAAAUAAAUUCUUAAGGAAUUCCUAAAGCCGCCUUUUACCGACAUUUUUUUAAGUAAACUAUUUUUUUAAUUGGUUUUAUAGAAUUGCAAAGUUUUUUUAUAGAAUUAAAGUACUUUUUUGGUACAUAGAGCUGUCACUUGAUGAUGACGUUUGCUUAAUAUAUAAAAUACGAUAUCAGGAGACACGGUAGUGUCUCGCGCCAAGUAAACGCACAGCGCGAAACCGCCGUAUAUUAUACGCGAGUGCGUGACUUGCGAGCACCUUGUUAUGAGUGAGGCAGAAUCACUCACAACUUAUAUUAAAUUAAAAUAUUAAAAUAAAGACAUACUAAAGUAAGAAUAGCGCAUUGCAAACUUUCCAAGGAAGUUUCAUGUUAUCGCAAGGUAUUAAGUGACUCAUGCCUUGUGCGCUGCCGGCCGGUCAUCGCACCGGUCAACGCACCAGGCAUCGCUCUCAAUUCUACUAAUUUUAAUUUAGCAACAAUCACGCCACAUUUCCACCGGAAAUGCAUAUUUGCAAUUUGGCAAUUGCUGCUAAGCUCGCGAAUAUUUCCCACGCGCCGGAUGCGCGCAGCCAUGACUAUAUAUGGUCAUAUUGAGGGCCUAUUGCUCCUCCUAAAUAUGUUUAUUUCGCGGCAUUAUUUAAGCGGCUGUCCAUUAGCAGACCACGGGUCAGUAAUUUGUCAAAUACGCCGUAACGCGCGUUCCACGAGCAAGUGUCGAAUGCGGGACUUAGAAUAAUCGUUAAUCGGGACUUAGCCAGGAGAACGAAUCUUUAGCGAGCGGCCGAGUAGCGUGCUAACAUAGUGCUGUGCACCAUAUCUUAUCGCGACGCCUGUAACACAUGGCAUCUCCGACGUCCACGUAUGUUGAGAGCUAAACUGUACGUUAAAGGAAAUAAACAUUUUUUAACAUAAAAAA